AUGUCUUUGGCUCAUGCAGCUGCCGAGUACAUGCUCUCCGAUGCCCUCCUGCCAGACCGCAGGGGGCCACGUCUCCAGGGGCUUCAUCUGGAGCUGCCCCUGGACCGCCUGGUCAAGUUCGUGGCCAUAGGCUUCCCUUUGCUGCUCAUGUCACUGGCAUUCGCCCAGGAGUUCUCGGCUGGCUCUCCCAUCAGCUGUUUCUCCCCUGGGAACUUCAGUGUUCGGCAGGCCGCCUUCGUGGACAGUUCCUGCUGGGACUCCCUGGCCCACCACAAACAAGAGGAGUCUGGCCAGUACAAGAUCAAAUCCCUGUGGCCGCACAAGGCCCUGCCAUACUCCCUGCUGGCCCUGGCCAUGGCCAUGUACCUUCCAGCAGUGCUGUGGCAGUACGUGGCUGUACCAGCCCUCAGCUCAGACCUGCGUUUCAUCAUCAGUGAACUGGACAAGUCCUACAACCGCUCCAUCCGCCUAGUGCAGCAUAUGCUGAAGAUCCGCCAGGCUUGCGCUGACCCACACGUGUUCUGGGAUGAGCUGGACAAGGCCAGGAAGGAGCGGUAUUUUGAGUUCCCCCUUCUCGAGCGUUACCUGGCGUGCAAACAACGUUCACACUUGCUUGUGGCCACCUACCUCCUGCGGAACUCGCUGCUGCUCAUCUUCACAGCUGCCACCUACCUCUACCUGGGCCAUUUCCACCUGGACGUCUUCUUCCAAGAGGAAUUCAGCUGCUCUGUCAAGUCAGGGCUACUGAGCGGGGAGCCCCAAGUGCCACAGCUCAUCUCAUGCAGGCUCACUUCGCUGGGCGCCUUCCAAACUGUUAGUGUCUGCACGGUAGCUGUCUACACACUCCUGGUGCCCGUCAUAAUCUACAACCUCACACGCCUCUGCCGCUGGGACAAGGGGCUUCUGUCCAUCUAUGAGAUGCUGCCAGCCUUUGACCUCCUCAGCAGAAAAAUGCUGGGCUGCCCAGUCAAUGACCUCAACGUCAUCCUCCUCUUCCUCCGUGCCAACAUCUCCGAGCUUGUCUCCUUCAGCUGGCUUAGCGUACUUUGUGUGCUCAAGGACACCACAGCCCAGAAGCACAACAUUGACACUGUGGUUGACUUCAUGACAUUGCUGGCCGGCCUGGAGCCAUCCAAACCCAAACUUCUGGCCUACCAAGGGGGCGAUGAACACCCAUAG